AUGGCUGACGGAAGUUUCCGACCGCUGACGGCUAAGGAAAUUCGUAAACACAUUGAACAGCGCGGCGAAGACAAACAGUCACAACAGAUGCAAAAGAGAUCUGAUGAUGAUGACAUGGAAAGAUCAGAUAAUCUGGGGAGAAAGAAUGAAGAUGGCUGGUUUUGUGACCGGAAAUAUGGUCGGAAAAGAAGGAGUAUGGAACGACACAGUGACAGUCGACAUCGAAGUGAUAGACACUACGAUCGUGGGCGAGAGACAGAUUCGAUAAUUCGGGAACAUAGUUCUGAGCUCAGUUAUUCUAGAGAACGAAGCCGAAAUCAGUAUUCAAGUAAGGAGAGAGAGGUUCAGUAUGAUCAUCGUGGUCGGCAUUACAGUGAGAGCGACUCGAAGCAGCAUAGAAGCAACAAGCCGUCAUACGAACGAAAUCGAGCUGUUCGAAAAAACCGUUCUACUUGUCGUCAUAGUCCAGAGGAUAAUGAAGAUGAAAGCAGUGAUCGACCAGCUUGGGCAACUAAAGCUGUUGUGAAAAGAGCAGAGGAAAUACAAAAGAGAAAAUUGAUUUGGAGUAAACCAGAGGAAAAGAAGGAGUGGAAGAGUAAUACAGUUUCUUCACUCAUUAGUCUGCGACCGUCUACUACUUCUACAUGGAACUCUAUUCUGGCCGCAAGUUCAUCAGAUAGCAAGCAGUUGGAUAAGUUCAAACGUUUAAUGGGCAUGAAAAAAAGUGAUGAAGAAGGUCAAGAGGAAGUGCCAAAAGUGGAUGAUAAUCAAAUUGAAGCUGAAAGAAGACGACAGCAUGAACUUUACAGUCAUUUAGAUCAUCAGUAUGCAGUAGCACGAUCUUUUACUCAUCUCAGUCGAGGUCAGGGACUUGGCUUCCAUCAGUGA